GUUAGUAUUUUGUAUUUUGUAUUUCAAAUGUGUUUUGCCCAGCCCUGAAUAUAGUAUUAUAGAUGUCGCUUGCGAUCAUUUAAACAAAAAACUUUAUUUCAUGCCGGAAUUGUUUGUUUACUGCAAACAGUUUCUGUUAUACCACCGGCUUCGGCUUUUCGAAUUGCAUUGAAACGUCGUAACAUUGUUGUAAUAAUGCCGAAAAAGAGAAUAUAUGCAAAUAAGAAAGGGAGUAGAGCAAGUACUUCACGUGCAAGUCGAAGUUCAAUAAAGAGAAGGCAACCUUUAAAUAGGUAUUCUUUAGAAGGCGAAACUGAAAGUGUGAGCACGUCGGCGAAAAAACUGAAAACGAGUACGGACGAUUACGAGAUACACGUGAACAAAACUUUUGGGUAUUGUUUCAUUAAUUUUGUUACCGUUUUUACAAGCAUUUCGCAAUUAAUUGUUUGCAAAACGUGUGGCUCGAACAUCAAGUUUGAAGAAUCCAGUUGUCGCGGUCUAGAUUUCAAAAUUGCUGUUAUUUGUGAAAAGUGCGUGCCAAAAUAUAUUAACUCUAGCCCACUUAUAAACAAUCACGCUUACGACAUAAAUCGCCGAAUGGUAUUUACAAUGAGAUUACUCGGUAUAGGAAUUAAUGGGAUUAAAAAAUUUUGUGCAUUUAUGUGUUUGCCGAUACCAGUGUAUCAGUCUUUUUAUGACAAAAUAAUUUCAAACAUUCGUGUUGCCACUAAUGCUGUGUGUGGAACUUCAAUAAAACGAGCAGCUGCAAAAGAAAAAGAGAUGUCAUUGGAAAGAGGACAGAUAGACGGGAUAACAGUUUCUGGUGACGGAACCUGGAGAAAGAGGGGAUUUUCGUCUUUGUUCGGUGUCGUAUCACUAAUAGGGUGGUGCACGGGAAAAGUCGUCGACAUUGCAAUGAAAUCUAAAUUCUGUAAGGCCUGCAGUUUGUGGAACGGAAAGCAAAAUACAAGCGAAUAUGAAGAAUGGGCUGCAAAUCACGAAGCAAACUGCGAAAGAAAUCACGAAGGUUCGUCGGGAAAGAUGGAAGUAGACGCAGUCAUAGAAAUGUUUCAGCGGUCCGAAAAAUUGCACAAUUUAAAAUAUUCUCAUUACAUCGGUGACGGGGACAGCAAAACAUUCAAAGGCAUUUUAGAUUCGAAACCUUAUGAUGAUUUGAAUGUUUGUAAAAAAGAAUGUAUAGAUCACGUUCAAAAACGUAUGGGCACGAGAUUACGUAAUUUGAAAAAAAAUAUAAGAGGCCUUGGAGGCAGAGGCAAGUUGACGGGCAAACUGAUCGACGAGUUGACAAUAUAUUAUGGUCUAGCUAUUCGCAGAAAUCCUAAUUCCAUUGAAGAUAUGAGACGAGAAAUAUGGGCGACUUUAUUCCACAAGAUUUCCACGGACAGCGAACCGCAGCACGACCGUUGCCCAGUCGGAGAAAACUCUUGGUGUUCUUGGCAGCAGGCGAAAGCGCACAACGAAUUACAUCACUACCAACACAAAGCAGCUUUGAAUAAUGAAGUUUUUAAGGCUGUUCAACCAAUUUAUGAAGAACUAAGUCGAGACGAGUUGCUAUCCCGCUGUGUUGGCGGGUUUACCCAAAACAGCAACGAGAGCUUCAAUUCUGUGCUGUGGGCAAUAGCACCGAAAAUUGUUCAUAGUAACAAAGCAAUCGUUGAUAUUGCCGCAAAUAUUGCUGUUUGCAAUUUUAACGAUGGUUUGCACAGCAUAAUGGAAAUUAUGCAAGUCUUAAAUUUGAUAAUUGGCAGUACUUGCUACAAUUUCUGCGUUGAAACAGACGAACGCCGGAUCCGCGCAGCUGAGCGCGCCAUGACCAAGGAAGCUCAAGAAGCUCGUAGGCAGCAGACAUCAGCUCGGAAGGCCACAGAUGACGAGUAUAUAAAUGUAGAAGGUCAACUGUAUGGUGCAGGCAUUGCAGAUUAACGUCAGCCGGAAUCCUGCACACCGAUUGGACCGGCAUAGCGCAAAGGGUCAUCUUUGACGCCAUCUACAGGAUAUUCUUUUCAGUAUUUUUUAAUUAAAAAAUAUAUUUUAUAACUAAAAACUAUAAUAAAAUCAACCCUCAAAUCUGUUUUUUGAUUACUCUAUUCCUUAGAUGUGAAAAAAAUUAAUGAAAAAGAGGAAAAAUUUCUUACGCAAAGGUGUUAU